AUGUCAGACCCGGUGGCGGAGUUUCUGGCUCGUGAACAGGAUGUUCUAGCAGGGAUAGAGGAUGAUUCACUAGGGCCUCUUACUCAAUUGAAUAAUGGUGCUGUGGAUAGUAAUGGUGGGUUCAGUCGUACAUUGAAUGCAUUAUUUGUCGUUCAGAUAUUGCUCACUAAUGGGAGUAAUUUUGGUUUGAAUAGAGUGAUAGGGUUAAACGAAGUUCUUGAUUUGGAUAUGGAUUUGCAUACCUUUGGUGGUACGAUAAAUUCUAAUGGUUUUCAACGGCCAAAUUCAAAUAGCUAUUCACCUGUGAAUAGUUUAUUGAAGGUUGAACCAGAAAAAAUUAAGAAAUGGAGAGAAGAUCAAAAAAUAAUGCUGGACAUGAAAGAUAAGGAUGAAGAGAGAAAAAAGAAUGAGAUGAAAGCUGCUGGUAGGAAGGAAUUGGAAGAUUGGUAUGCGCAAAGAGCAGAAAAGCUAGCUAAGACCAGGAUUGCUAAUCGAAAAGCCGAAGAAGACUUUAUAUUGGAUCGUGAUUCAGCCAAAAAUGGUGGUGAAUGGGAACGUAUCGUCAAACUCUGCGAAUUUAAUCCUAAAAAUUCGAAAAAUUCUAGUGAUUUAUCUCGAUUGAAGUCGCUUCUUCUCCAGCUUAAAACGCAGAAAGAAUGA